UUGAGGCCACCCCGGUGGUGGCACCAGCGCACUCCAGGGCAGCAGACCCAGGGCCUUUCCUCCCAGCUGCGUUGUUCAUGGAUUUUGUCGCUGGAGCCCUGGGAGGUGUCUGCGGUGUUGCUGUGGGCUACCCCCUGGACACGGUGAAGGUCAGGAUCCAGACGGAGCCAAAGUACACAGGCAUCUGGCACUGUGUCCGGGACACAUAUCGCCAAGAGCGGGUGUGGGGCUUCUACAGGGGCCUCUCGCUGCCCGUGUGCACCGUGUCCCUGGUCUCGUCUGUGUCUUUCGGCACCUACCGCCACUGCCUGGCGCACAUCUGCCGGUUCCGGUACGGCAGUGCCGAGGCCAAGCCCGCCAAGGCUGACAUCACGCUCUCGGGAUGCGCCUCUGGCCUCGUCCGUGUGUUCCUGACGUCACCCGCUGAGGUGGCUAAGGUGCGCCUGCAGACGCAGCAGCGGCGGCCCUCGGCCUCAGGACCCUCUGCUGUGCCCCCGCUGUGUCCUGCACCUCCUGCUGCAUGUCCGGUGCCCAAGUACCGCGGGCCGCUGCACUGCCUGGCCACGGUGGCCCGUGAGGAGGGGCUGCGCGGCCUCUACAAGGGCAGCUCGGCCCUGAUGUUCCGGGAGGGCCACUCCUUCGCCACCUACUUCCUCUCCUACGCCAUCCUCUGCGAGUGGCUCACCCCCGCUGGCCGCAGCCAGCCAGAUGUCCUGGGUGUGCUGGUGGCCGGAGGCUGUGCAGGGGCCCUGGCCUGGGCUGUGGCCACCCCCAUGGACGUGAUCAAGUCACGCCUGCAGGCGGACGGGCAGGGCCAGCAGCGCUACCGGGGCCUCCUGCACUGUGUGGCGACCAGUGUGCGGGAGGAGGGGCUGCGGGUCCUUUUCAAAGGGCUGGCGCUCAACUGUUGCCGUGCCUUCCCCGUCAACAUGGUGGUCUUUGUCACCUACGAGGCUGUGCUGAGGCUCACCCAGGACCUGCUCACAUAGCUCGUCCCGACACCCCAGCAGCUCGCAGCGGCUGGAGGAGGCAAAGGGGAGUGCUGCUGAGGUCGGGCUCUCACAGGGCCACCAACCAGGACAGCCGGGAGCCUCCCUGUGCCGGUCAGCUGAGGCCGGAGCUUGGCCUGCCCAGCCACUGACCACAAGAAGGUCCAGGGGCUGAUCUGCCAUCAGCCCGGGGCUGGCCUGAGGGUCACACGAGCCAGGGAGGAGGGGGCC